AUGGAUGAACUUCGGGUUCUUAUUACCACAGAUAACCACUUGGGUUUCUUGGAAAGGGACCACAUAAGAGGAGAAGACUCUUUUAGGGCAUUUGAAGAGGUGUUUGAGCACGCUUUGCGAUUGAAUGUAGAUGCGGUUUUAAUGGCUGGCGAUCUCUUCCACGAUGUAAACCCUUCUAAAUACACCAUGUACCGUACUGUAGAGAUCCUUCGCAAGUAUUGUUUGGGAGAUCGACCGAUUCACAUCGAAUGUCGUGAUAAUGGCAACUUCACAAACCUUUCUAAAGAAGCUCGGCCGGUGAACUACUACAAUGCCAAUCUUAAUAUAAGUAUGCCAGUUUUCUCAAUCCAUGGCAAUCACGAUGAGCCAUCAGGACAUCGUGGGGUUGCAUCUUUAAACAUCUUGGCCGAGGCCGGACUAGUCAACUAUUUUGGCUGCAUUGACUCAAUGGCCAAUACAAUUGAAGUCCGCCCUAUCUUACUCAAAAAGGGACAGAUUGCGCUUAAUCUCUAUGGGAUUGGUGGGCUGCGCGACGAAAGGAUGGUUAAGUUGCUGGCUGAAGAGCGAAUCAGUUUUGAAAAGCCAGAGGGUGGCACCAGUCUUUUGGUCCUUCACCAGACUCGGUGUUGCCGUGGAGCGAAUGUCUACCUACCCGACCAUCUUCUGAGCAGAGACAUGGACUUAGUAGUUUGGGGACACAUGCAUGAUUCCUAUCCUGUUCCGGAAAAGAACCACCAAAUGGGGUUCCAUUCCGUGCAGCCGGGCUCAACAGUGCAAACCUCUCUUUGCCAGGCUGAAAGCCGGGACAAGCACUGCGUUCUUCUUAAAGUCACUCCAUCCGGCUGGGCGACUGAUUCUAUUCCCAUGCAAAGCACCCGUCAGCUCAUUUUCAAACACAUUGCUGCCGCCGGGUUGGAUCUAGUCACUACCAUUCAGAGCGAAAUGAAAGAGAUUCUAGCGGGUUAUAAUGGCGCGCAUCGGCCGCUUGUCCGCUUAAGAGUUGAUGUAUCGGAUAAAAGCCAAAAGACUAUCAUCCAAAGAAGAGUCCUGGAAGAGUUUAAAGAUAAAGUUGCGAACCCGAAAGACGUCCUUCGUCUUAUCUACCGCCGCCAGAAACACGAGAAGGCCAAGGACACACAAGAGAACAAAAGAGAAAGCAAGACCCAAUUCACUCUUUCAGUCGACGAAACCCGCAUCCUUUCACCCGAUACUUUUAUUAGUGGGAUUCUCGAGUGCAUAGACAAGCAAGACAAAACCGCCGUGUCCAAGCGCUACAACGAAAUUAUAUCCGGGGUGGUCAGCGUGCUCAAGUCGCACCGCUGGACCGACAUUGAGGCCGAAAUUACACCAGCCGUCCAAGAAAUCGACCGCCGAAUCAUGGGGGCCGAAGACUCUACCAAUCGUCCCAAAAUGCCGCGAAUGAGCACCGAGAUCCGAUCCAUCCCCGUAGACCCCCAAUCUGAUGACACCUACGACUUUGCCAAUCUGCUUGAAAAUCAACCAACCAGCGUUAACACCACAACCACAACCACAAUCCAUACUAACCCAACGAAUACCAACACUAACACCAACACCGCCACCACCAACACCACCACUAACAACACCGAUUCAAAUAAGUCACCAGAAAAUGAUUUCAAUCUUGGUAGCCUUUGGGAUUAA